UCUUUUUCCCCCAACUUUUCCCCCCAAUUCCCAAGACUUUUCCCCCCAUUUUUUCUCUCCUCUCUCAUCUUUCCUCUCUCCCCCAACUCAGAAAAACGGCCGGCCCAAUUUUUUUUCUUCUCUCCUUUUUUCCCAUUCCACGGAGCUCUCUCGGCAGCUCCACUCCCAUUCUCAACAGUCGCCCGCCCAAUUUUUUUUUUUGGUCUUCCGCCCAAGACCACCAUUCUCUCUCCGAACGGCGCACCGGCCACACACCCCCCAUCUUCUCUCUUCCCCUUCCUUUCAUCUCCAUUUUUUUUUUAUCUUAUUUUCUUUCUCCAUUUUCCCCCAUCCAACUCCCACAAACCGGCCAGGGAACCCCCCAGUUUUUUUCUUUCCUCAUCUUUUUUUUUUUUCAUUCUCUUUUCUGGUUUCUUUUUUCCUCUAGAACACCCACUGCCACACAACCCCUCAUUUUUCCAUCCCUCCAUUUCUUUUUUUCUUUUUAUUCCCCGUGAAACCCCUCUCCAUAUCCACAAUCGGUUAUUCAUCGCCGACGAGCUACCGCCGUCGGCAUCAUUUCUGACAGUCGGGGAUCCCCCUUCCAUUAUUAUUAUUAUUAUUAUUAUUUUCUUUCUUUAUUUGAUUUUAAUAAUAAUUUUUAUUAAAAUUAGGCUUGUGCAUUUAUGUUUAUUUGUGAGCUUUAUAUUUGAGCUUUAUUAAUUAGUAUGAAAUUUAUGUUAAUUUGUUGUUAGUAAAUUAAUGUGAAAUUUGAGUUAAUUUAUUAUUGAAGAAUUAAUAUGAAAUUUGGGUUAAUUUAUUGUUGGUAGAUUAAUUUGAAAUUUGUUAAUUUGGGUUUGUGGGUAUAUUAUAUUUAGUGAUUAAUUUGAGCGAUAUUUGGAUUAUAUCAAUUGCAUAUUGUUUAUUUGAGUUUGGGUUUAUUGUUAAGUUGUUAUUUGUUUGGACUUAUUGGAUUGGGCUUGAAAUGUUAUUUCUUUUGACUAUGUAUUUUUUUAUGUGGGUUUGUUAAUUGAUGAUAAUUUUGGGGUCUAUAAUAUGAGUGAAAUUUGUUGGAUUAUUUGAAUAUUUGAUAUGAGCUUGGCCUAUUUGAAUUGUUUAAUUUAGACAUGGGACAAUUAUGGUGUAUAUUAAACUAGGCGUAGAUUAUGAAAUAUUAAAUUUAGGUCUAGUAGAAUUUAUUUUAAUUUACCCAAUUUUAGGUUUGGUUAAUUGUGUUUGUAUUUUUUGUUAUUAAUUUGGAUGUUUUGGGUUAAGACAUAUAGUAAUUUGGACUCAUUUUAAUUGAUGAAAUUUAUGGAACUAAUUUGAAAUUGGAAUUUAGGUUUGAAUAUUUAUUUGGGAUUUUAUACAUCUCUAGAUAUUUACAGUUGUGUUAUUUUUGUUUUUGUAUGGACCCAUUCUACAAUAAUGUUGGCUGAGUACGAAUUGAUGACACGUGGAGCUUGUUGUAAGUUUAUUUGAGUGCAUAUUUUAUUUCCUAUUCUUAUUUGGUUUUAUUUUUGUAAAUAUUUAUUCGUGUACAUUUACUUGUUAUGUGCAGAAUUGAACAUCGAACAAAUUAGAAAUUCUGUUUAAAUGAUAGGAAGAAUUCAAUAGAUAUGUUCUAAUAAAAUACUAAUUUUAAAAUAUUCUUUUUAAUAAAAGAGUCUUUUUAUUUAUUUUUAUUUACUUAUUUAUUUAUUUAUUUAUAUUUUUUUUAUAUAUCAAAGUUCAAAAAAAUGCAUUUAGAAAAAUCCAAAAAAAUUGUUUUUAAUGACAUUGUUAAAAAAUUUCUUUGUUUAAUAAAAAUGGUUCAAAAAUUGUUUUAUAAAUAAAGUUGUUCCAAAAAUUAAUUUUUAGUAAAAUUGUCUAAAAAUAUUUUUUCAAAUGAAUUCUUUUUUCUUAAUUAAAAUGAGAUUAAAAGUGUUUUUCAAAAAUAGAGAAUUUAAAUCUUUGUUUUUCUUUUUAAUUAAAAUUUCUUUUGCAAAUAAAUUUAUGUCAUUUUAAAUAAUUUAUAAAAAUCACUCUUUUAAAUGAAAAUAAAUCUAAAUACUUUUGUAAAUAAAAUUGUAAAAAUUCAUUAUUUUCUAAUAAAAGCAAGUAAAAAUAAUUUGUCUCUAAAUUGAAACUUUGUAAUAAAUUUUUUUUGAUACAAUAAGUGUCAAUAGCUUUUUUUAAAAAUUGAAUACAAUUGAAAUUGAAAAAAAAAAUUGAUUCUUUUUUAUAAGUAAAUGAAUGGAAAUUAUUAAUUCAAAAAUCAUUUUUAAUAAAAUCCUUUGAAAUUUCUUUAAAACUUUUUUUAAUAUCUUUCAUCUAUUUGAUUCAAUAAAUCAUUUUGCAUAAUCCUUUUAUUAUUUAUUUUGUGUAUUUUUAUAAUUAGAUUUCAACAUUGUUUUUGUGUAUAUUAAUUUUCAUCAUGACUUGUAUAUUGAUUGUUUUUCUUAGUAUUUAUAAUUAAUUAAUUAAUUAAUUAAUUGUCACAAUUUCCUCAAUUCGUUUAGUAGAAGUCGUACGUAUACGAGCUUAGAGGGGUGCUACGACUUAUUAUCGUAUCUUCCCAAUGAGUAACUUGACCCUCGGACCUAGAUUCGAUUUUUCACAGAUUCGUUUUUUUCUUCAGGAGUCACACUUAUGAUUUUUCUUUCUUAUUUUGUUUUUUCCUUUAAAAAUAAAAUAAAAAUAAGUGGCGAUUUCAAGUUUUUUUCUAAAAAUCAAAUUUUCACCAAACAAAAUAAAAAUCGAGCUCGCCAUUAAAUGGGAACGCAUCAAACAAAAUGUGGGGUCCACAAUUUUAUAAAUAAAUAAAAUAUUAUAAUAUAAUAUAUUUAUUUUUUGAAAAAUAACUUUUUUAUUAUUUUAUAUGUGUUAAAAAUAAGAAAAUAAAAAAAUUAAUUAAAUUACUUUUUAAAAUUAAUUAUAUGUAUAAUUACGACAGGAUACCAAAUCUACCCCGAUUUUUAAAAAAAUCUAAAUUUGUCCUUAAUCCGUUUGUUUUAAUUUCAAGCUUAUCCCUGGGACCCACCUAAGAGGGCAACCCAUGGCCAUCCAUAUUUGACCCUUUGCAUUUGCAUAAGUUAAAAAAAUCCCAUAUAUGCAUCAUCACCCGCGAAUUGGAUGAGCAGCCAUGGAGUUCCAUCUUCCAUUUUCAAUUACCACGGCCAGCAUGUUUAUCUUUCUACUCUCUUUCUAUUAUUUGUUAAAGAUGCUAAGGCGUUCUGAGAGGAAAAGAACUGCCCCGGAAGCCGCCGGGGCAUGGCCUGUGAUUGGUCACCUCCAUCUGUUAGGAGGCUCUGAGCUGCCCCACAAAACCUUGGGGGCUAUGGCCGACAAGUACGGGCCGAUCUUCUUUAUCAAGCUUGGUGCGCGACCAGUAUUGGUGGUGAGUAAUUGGGAGAUUGCUAAGGAGUGCUUUACUACCAACGACAAAGCUUUCGCCAAUCGUCCCAAAUUAAUAGCGGUGGAGGUUAUGGGCUACAACAACGCCAUGUUCGGCUUUAGCCCAUAUGGCUCCUACUGGCGCCAGAUGCGCAAGAUAGUCACUACACAUCUUCUCUCAAACAGAAGCCUGGAGAUGCUGAAACUGGUACGUAUAUCGGAGGUGAAGGCAACGAUAAAAGAGCUACAUGAGUUAUGGGUCUCUAAGAAAAGUGAUUCAAACAUGGUAUCAGUGGAGAUGAGGCGAUGGUUUGGAGAUCUAGCCCUAAAUUUGGCUGUAAGGAUGACUGCCGGGAAGAGAUUUUCUAGUGACAAGGAAGGAGUGGAGUACCACAAAGCAAUAAGAUGUUUUUUUGAGUUGACGGGGAAGUUUAUGGUGUCGGAUGCUCUCCCUUUUCUAAGGUGGUUUGACUUGGGAGGCUAUGAGAAGGCCAUGAAGAAGACUGCAAAAAGUCUAGACCAUCUACUUGAAGACUGGUUACAGGAACAUAAAAGAAAGAGAGUUUCUGGGCAGCCCACUGGGGACCAAGAUUUUAUGGAUGUGAUGCUGUCCAUUUUAGAUGAUGAGACCAGGGCCCAAGAUAUAAAGAGUUCCGAUGCCGAUAUCAUUAACAAAGCUACAUGCCUGAAUGUCUUAAUAGCGACCACCGAUACUGUUACAGUUAGCCUAACAUGGGCUCUGUCGUUACUGUUAAACAACCGACACGUAUUGAACAAAGCCAAAGAGGAGCUAGAUUUGCAUGUGGGAAGGGAAAGGCGAGUCGAGGAACGGGACAUGAGCAACCUGGUCUACCUCGAUGCUAUCAUCAAGGAAACUCUGCGUUUAUAUUCAGCUGUUCAAGUUCUAGCUGCACAUGAGUCCACGGAGGAAUGCGUUGUAGGUGGCUGCUACAUACCCGCUGGGACGCGCCUGAUAAUUAAUCUUUGGAAGAUUCACCACGAUCCAAGUGUAUGGUCGGAUCCUGAUCAGUUCAUGCCUGAGAGAUUUCUCACUACGCAUAAGGAUGUUGAUGUUAGAGGUAUGCAUUUUGAAUUGAUUCCAUUUGGAAGUGGAAGAAGAAUUUGCCCUGGAGUGUCCUUAGCUCUACAAUUUCUGCAAUUCACCCUAGCCAGCUUAAUUCAAGGAUUUGAGUUUGCAACGGCAUCCGAUGGACCGGUUGAUAUGACUGAAAGCAUUGGGUUAACCAACCUCAAGGCCACCCCGCUUGACGUUCUCCUCACUCCUCGCCUCUCUUCUAAUCUCUAUGAGUAAGAGCUGGUCAUCCUCGAAUUAAUGAAUCUUCCUUUUUCUUUUCGAAUUAACAUUCUACGACUCUAGACUCUUUGUAAAUUAAGUCCAGAUAUUUUGUUAAAAAUUGUUCCCAGCUUUUACAAAAAUAUAAAUAUUCGGAUUGGCUAAUUUCAGAA